AUGGCUUCCCCGAGUGCUGGGGUCUCAAGGAGUCGCAUCAAUGCACUUUCUAAGAGACUGAUCAAGUUAGGAGAGAAAUGGAAAACUACAACGCUCAAUGGGCCUGCCCUUUCCAUUGAUAAUAUCAAUUUGGUCCGUCACAGGCCCGAACGCAUGUACAUUCUCUCGAUGUUUCCAUACCCUUCUGGUAAUUUACACAUGGGACAUUUAAGGGUUUAUGUGAUAAGUGAUUCAUUGAAUAGAUUUUACAGACAGAGAGGCCAUAAGGUCAUACAUCCCAUGGGAUGGGAUGCAUUUGGGCUACCUGCUGAGAAUGCUGCAAUUGAAAGGGGCAUACACCCUAAUACAUGGACUAGGACUAACAUUAAGGCUAUGAAAGAGCAAAUGAAUAAUAUGCUGGGAAAUUUUGACUGGGAUAGAGAAAUUACUACUUGCGAUCCAGAAUAUUAUAAAUUUACCCAAUGGAUUUUCUUAAAGCUGUUCGAAAAUGGGCUAGCAUAUAGGAAAGAAGGUGAGAUAAAUUGGGAUCCCGUAGAUAAAACAGUGCUUGCGAACGAGCAAGUUGAUAUUAACGGGCGUUCUUGGAGGUCUGGUGCAUUAGUACAGAAAAAGCUUCUUAAUCAAUGGUAUUUGGGAAUUACCAAAUUUUCUAAAGAAUUGAGAAAUGAUUUAAAUUAUUUGAAGAAAUGGCCUAGUAAGGUAAAGGCAAUGCAACGAAAUUGGAUUGGUCAGUCAGAAAGAGCUAAUAUUAAAUUUGAUACGACAGAAGAAUUUUUGCCAUCGAUAUGGGUAUCUACGACAAGAGCAGAAACGAUUUUUUCUGUGCAAUAUGUCGUGCUGUCGUUGAAGCAUCCAAUUUCACAACAUUUCACAAAAUCUGAGAAGGCAUUGCAAGAAUUCAUACGCAAAUGUCCAACACUGCCUGAAGAUACUAAGGAGGGAUUCUUACUUCCCGGAAUUAAAGCUAUCAACCCUAUAACGAAAGAAGCAGUUCCAAUAUUUGUUGCACCCUAUGUUGUUGAGCCUUUCGAUGCUGACAAAAAGGAGGUGGGAGCAGCUGUGAUGGGUGUUCCAGCUCAUGAUAAGAGAGACUUUGCAUUUUGGAACAAAAAUAUGCCUAAUGAGCCAAUUAUUUCAUGCGUACAACCUAUUGAAAUAAUGGAUGGCAGUGUGGAAGUGGGGUCGGAGAUUUCGUUGCCAUUUGAGUCUUCAGAAGGUAUUUUAACAAGCGUCGCAGGGUCUUUUGCAGGAAUGUAUACUGAAAGAGCUAGAAAUGAGAUUACGGCGUUAUUAAAAUCUAAGAAUCAAGGGAAUUUUGAAGUCAAAUAUAGGUUAAGAGAUUGGCUCAUUAGUAGACAAAGGUACUGGGGUGCACCAAUUCCAAUUAUUUACUGCGACAACUGUGGGGCCGUUCCAGUGCCUGAAAAGGAUUUACCUGUGCUGCUUCCAGACGUGAAAGAAUUAUCUGGAAAGGGUGGAAACCCGUUAUCUAAAAUACCAGAAUUUAUAGAUACUAAAUGUCCCUCCUGUGGAGGUGACGCAAGAAGGGAAACAGACACCAUGGAUACAUUUAUUGAUAGUUCUUGGUAUUAUUUUAGAUAUUUAGACCCUCAUAACUCCACCUUGCCAUUCAAUUAUGAAAAGGCUUCAGAGGGAAUGCCAGUGGAUAUCUAUAUUGGUGGCGUUGAACAUGCAGUCUUACAUCUGUUAUAUUCUCGGUUCAUUACUAAGUUUUUAAACUCCAUCAAUGCCGUCGACCUGUCUAAAACUAAUGCAGAGCCCUUUCAUUAUUUAGUAACGCAAGGUAUGGUACAUGGAAAAACCUUUGUUGAUCCUCAAACUGGAAGAUUUCUGAAACCAGAAGAAGUCGAAGAGAAAGAUUCUGGUGUGAUUAUGAAGACUACAGGGGCGGCACCUUUAAUUUCGUAUGAAAAAAUGUCUAAAUCUAAAUAUAAUGGUGCAGAUCCAAAUGCUUGCAUUGCGAUGCACGGUCCUGACGCUACAAGAGCGCAUAUUCUAUUCCAAAGCCCUAUUGAAGAUGUGUUGCGCUGGGAUGAGGAAAAAAUUGUUGGAGUUGAGCGCUGGCUACAGAGAGUCAUAAAGCUAUCGCAGGACUUUAGUGCCUUUGGUACAUUCACCUCUGAUUUUGCUACCCCAGAGGAUAUGAAUGAGGAAGAGGUUAAGUUUCAUAAUGAUAUGCAGAAAUAUUUGGGAUCUGUUACAAAAUCUUUUGAGAAAUAUCUAUCCUUGAAUACUGUCAUUUCUGAUUAUAUGAAAAUCACUAAUCUAAUAGAAAAUGCCAAAAACAAGGAAAAAGUAAGUAAAGAAUUGUUAAUGCUAAAUUUAAGAAAGUUUAUUUCCAUCUUAUAUCCCAUUGUUCCAUCUAUAACGGAGGAAGCUGCUGAAAUAAUAAAAUCUAGUCAAAGUGGUUUGAAAAAUUGGAAUCACUACGAAUGGCCACAUAUAGAGAAAGUUACGGAGUGGAAGUAUAAGCACUACCAAGUGGUUAUCAAUGGGAGAGUGAAGUUCAUAUACACGGAUGAAAAGGACCUUUUUAAAAAAGGCAGAGAAUACGUUUAUGAGAGGUUACUCUUGGAUACGGAAGGUAAAAAAUAUCUGGCAAAUAGGACUUAUGACAAAAUGAUAUUGAAAUAUAAUGUCAUUAGUUUUGUUUUCAAAAAGAAGAAGAUGCCAAAACAAGACGAGAGGAAGAUUUACUUUUAG